CGCGGGGCCCCGGCCGCACCAUGCCCACCUUCGACGAGGCGCUGCGCAAGGCGGGCGAGUUCGGGCGCUUCCAGCGGCGCGUGUUCCUGCUGCUGUGCCUGACGGGCAUCACGUUCGCCUUCCUCUUCGUCAGCGUGGUCUUCCUGGGCACCAGGCCCGAGCGCUUCUGGUGCCGCGGGCCGAGCGCCGCCGCGCUGGCCGAGCGCUGCGGCUGGAGCGCUGACGAGGAGUGGAACCGCACGGCGCCCCCGGAGCCCCGCGGCGACGGCCGCUGCGAGCGCUACCUCCUGGAGGCGGCCAACGCCAGCGCCGCGGCCCCGGGCGCGCCGGGCUGCGCCGACCGGCUUGCCGCCUUCCCCAAUCGCUCCGCGCCGCUCGUGCCCUGCCGGGGCGGCUGGAGAUACGCCCAGUCCCACUCCACCGUCAUCAGCGAGUUUAACCUCGUGUGUGUCAAUGCUUGGAUGCUGGACUUCACUCAAGCCAUCCUCAACCUGGGCUUCCUUGCAGGAGCUUUCACGUUAGGUUAUGCAGCAGACAGGUACGGCAGGAUAGUCGUUUACUUAAUGUCCUGUUUUGGUGUUGGCAUCACUGGAAUUGUGGUGGCGUUUGCACCCAACUUCCCAGUGUUUGUGAUUUUCAGCUUCCUACAAGGUGUAUUUGGAAAGGGAACAUGGAUGACUUGCUAUGUGAUUGUGACAGAAAUAGUAGGUUCAAAACAAAGGAGGAUUGUGGGAAUAGUGAUUCAAAUGUUCUUCACCCUUGGAAUCAUCAUUCUCCCGGGAAUUGCCUACUUUAUCCCCAAUUGGCAAGGGAUCCAGUUAGCCAUAACGCUCCCCAACUUUCUCUUCCUCCUUUAUUACUGGGUGGUUCCCGAAUCUCCCCGCUGGCUGAUUACUCGAAAGAGAGGGGAUAAAGCAUUAAACAUUCUGAGGAGCAUUGCUAAAUGCAACGGGAGGUAUCUCUCACCAAAUUACUCGGAGAUUUCAAGGCUUUCUUUCCAUGGAGCCAAGUUGGGUAGACCAGAAGUCCUUGCAACAUUCCACUCCACAUCUCUGAAUCUUGCUACUUUUUGCUUUUACCAAGUAAAUUCCCAGGCCAUUGAAUGA